UGGACAUUAUCACUGCUGUUGUUUAUUUUACUUCUAUACAGUCUAAGAUGAAUUGUCAUUUGAGUUUAAGAAUCUGAUAUUCCAAUGUUUAUUCACUUAUUUCGAGUGGACUUAAAUUCAUCGUUUCAUAUAUCGUUCGUUAAAUAAUAAAUUAUUAACUCAAAAAAUAUGUUCUUAUAACAGUUUUGUUAAACGAAAUAAUCCACACCAAUUAUAGUCAUCAGCACUUACAAAGCUGUAAUUUUUGUAUAUUACAUCGACAAUGCACAUGUAUAAGAUAUUUUAUAUAGAAGCUUUUGCUUUUAGUAUAUUAAUAAGUGUACAGCAACAUUAUGUUUCUGCUUUCACAACCGCAGAUCAAAUAAUUGGUAAUGGAUAUCCAGUAGAAACGUAUGAAGUUGAAACUAAAGACCAUUACAUGGUGGGUUUGGAACGAAUACCGUAUAGUAAACAUGCAGAGAAUAAAACAAGUGGAAAACCUAUAAUUCUAUUGCAUGGCCUGUAUGGGACGUCAAUGUAUUAUACUCUUAACAAUAUAUCUCUCAGUUUCAUAUUAUCUGAUGCUGGUUUUGACGUUUGGCUUCUCAAUUUUCGCCUUGCUGGAAUUUCUAAAUAUAUCAAAAAUCCAAGAACCGGUCUAGUAACUCCAUUGAGAAAUAUAUCAUGGGAUUUCAGCUUUGACGAAUUGGGAAUAUAUGAUACCACAGCUGGUAUUGAUUUUAUCAUAAACAAAACUGGAUAUUCUAAGAUACACAUGGGUGGUUAUUCUUUCGGAGCUACCAUAUGCCUGAUUGCACUAGCCGAGAGACCAGAAUACAACGAAAAAAUUGACAAAUUGAUGUUGAUAGUGCCGACGGCCAGGAUGAAAUACUAUGACCGAAGGCUUAUUAUUUUAAAAAUAUUCCCAUUUUUAUUCCAUAGAACUUUGAGAGGAAGAGAAUACGUACCUAAGAUGAAACACCCAGACGACCAAUGGCUAGGACGCCAAUGUAAAGAGAAGAAAUACAUGAAAUUAUUUUGUCUCUAUGUAAUGACUCAAGUACAAGGCAACCUACUACCAAUAAGUUACGAUACCAUUGAAAUCCUAAGAACAUAUCCUCAGCCAACAUCUGUUAAAGUUAUGACUCACUAUUACCAACUAAUACUUCAGGAUUAUUUCCGAAAGUAUGAUUAUGGAAAAAUUGGAAAUAUAAAGCAUUAUAACUCCACUUCUCCACCUGAUUAUGAUUUAUCUAAAGUGAUAGCGCCGACAUAUGUGUAUCAAUCAAAACAUGAUAUUAUUGCUCCACCUAAGAAUCCAAGAACCGGUCUAGUAACUCCAUUGAGAAAUAUAUCAUGGGAUUUCAGCUUUGACGAAUUGGGAAUAUAUGAUACCACAGCUGGUAUUGAUUUUAUCAUAAACAAAACUGGAUAUUCUAAGAUACACAUGGGUGGUUAUUCUUUCGGAGCUACCAUAUGCCUGAUUGCAUUAGCCGAGAGACCAGAAUACAACGAAAAAAUUGACAAAUUGAUGUUGAUAGUGCCGACAGCCAGGAUGAAAUACUAUGACCGAAGGCUUAUUAUUUUAAAGAUAUUCCCAUUUUUAUUCCAUAGAACUUUGAGAGGAAGAGAAUACGUACCUAAGAUGAAACACCCAGACGACCAAUGGCUAGGACGCCAAUGUAAAGAGAAGAAAUACAUGAAAUUAUUUUGUCUCUAUGUAAUGACUCAAGUACAAGGCAACCUACUACCAAUAAGUUACGAUACCAUUGAAAUCCUAAGAACAUAUCCUCAGCCAACAUCUGUUAAAGUUAUGACUCACUAUUACCAACUAAUACUUCAGGAUUAUUUCCGAAAGUAUGAUUAUGGAAAAAUUGGAAAUAUAAAGCAUUAUAACUCCACUUCUCCACCUGAUUAUGAUUUAUCUAAAGUGAUAGCGCCGACAUAUGUGUAUCAAUCAAAACAUGAUAUUAUUGCUCCACCUAAGGACGUAAAAUGGUUAGUGGACCGACUACCCAAUAUCAAGAACAUCACAAUGGUGAAGAAAUUCAGUCACAUGGGAUUCGCUAUAAGCCCAUAUGCUAAACCUAUUAAUCUUUUAAUUGUUAAACAUUUAUUGGAAAAUAGUAAUUAAUUAUAUUAAUUUUUUAAAAUUUUAAAUGUACUUAUUUUAAAAAAUAAAUAAAUGUGUUGUUGAAUUUUGUAUCAAUACUCAUGUACCUAUGGUGA